AUGCCCCAUUUUCCCCCAACGCUCCGCUUCUUCCCCCUCCCACCCCCCUCUCCCUUUUCUUCCUUCCCUCCAUUCCAGCACACGGCAUUUGAAGCGCCUGAGAGGGACCGGCUGGGGCUGAGGGGGCUGCUGCCGCCGUUGCUUCUACUCCCCAAUCCCCCUCAACGCUCCCAUUCACCCUCCCACCCCCUCUCCCCUUUGCGUCUUCCUUUACCCCACACCAGCACACGGCCGCCUGAGAGGGACCGGCUGGGACUGAGGGGGCUGCUGCCGCCAGGGUACCAGACGAUGGACGACCAGGUGGCUCAAUUCAUGGCGGAGUACAGGAAGAUGGACCAGAAGCCCCUUAUGCCAGACGACCCGGUUGACCUGCAGAAGUGGCGCAUUCUCAACCGCCUCCACGACCGCAACGAGACGCUGUACUACCGGGUUCUGAUCGACCACAUUCAGGAGAUGAGUCGCAUUCUCUACGUCCCCACGGUCGGCACCGUGUGUCAGAAGUACAGCAGCCUGUUCCGGCGGCCCCGAGGCAUGUAUUUCAGUGCAGCUGACAGGGGCGAGAUGGCGAGUAUGGUGCACAACUGGCCCGCAGACAAGGUGGAUGUGAUAGUCAUGACGGAUGGCAGCAAGGUGCUGGGACUGGGAGACCUGGGAGUGCAAGCCAUAGCCAUUCCGGUGGGAAAGCUCGACAUGUAUGUCGCUGCUGCGGGCAUUCCUCCCAACAGGGUACUUCCAGUGAUGUUUGAUGUUGGCACCAACAACGAGGCUCUCAUCAAGAAUCCCCUCUACCUGGGGUUGCGGCACCCUCGCCUGGACGGAGAGCACUACCUGUCCCUCAUGGACGAGUUCAUGGAAGCAGUGUUCUCACGCUGGCCCAACGUCAUCGUGCAGUUUGAGGACUUUGAAAUGAGGUGGGCCAACACCCUCAUGGAUCGCUACAAGUCGCAGUAUCGCAUCUUCAAUGAUGAUAUCGAGGGCACAGGCGGAGUGGCAGUGGCUGGCAUUCUCAACGUGCUGAGAGCGCAGCACCUCCCCCCUAAAGCUCUUGCCGACACCAGAGUGGUGGUUGCUGGCACUGGCAGGGAAGCGGAGGGUGUGCUGACAGCAGUGCGGAGGGCAAUGGUGGCGCAGAUCGGGCAGGGUAAAGCUGCAAUGGAUCGGGCAGCUGAAAACUUCUGGCUCGUGGAUGACCAGGGCCUGAUGACAGACGCCAGGGUGAGCUGCUCCCCUGAGUUGGAAGACUUCUUGAGGCGGUCGGAUGAAGACGAGAGGCUCAAGGAGGGCACGAGUCUCGCGCACGUGGUGAAGCGGGUGAAGCCGCACGUGCUGGUGGGGCUGACCGGGUCGGGGCAUCUGUUUGACGACGACGUUCUAAAGGCCAUGAAGAAUUCUGAUGUGUCUCGGCCUGCCGUUUUUGCCCUGUCGCAGCCUGUGAAACAAGCGGAGUGCACAGCUCAAGAUGCCUUCAAGCUGCUGGGUCCCAACGCUCUCUUCGCCAGUGGCUGCACCUUCCCUGACGUUCGAUUCCCGAAUGGCAAUGUGGGGCACACAAGCCAGGCCAACAACGUGUUUCUGUCUCCAGGCAUUGUGUCGGGGUCCCUUCUCUCAGGUGCUCGCAUGAUUUCAGACGGCAUGCUGCAGGCUGCAGCGCACCAGCUAGCAGAGUACAUGACAGAUGACCAGGUGCACAGGGGCAUGCUGUACCCGUGCAUGAGCCACAUCCGUGACAUCACGUCCCAUGUGGCGGUGGCCGUGGCAAGGCGGGCGGCAGAGGAGGAUCUAGCGGACGGCAUUUCCAACUUGCAUGCCGACCAACUGCUUUCCAUGUCCAAGGCACAGCUGCAAAAGGAAGUGGAGAAGCGAAUGUGGGUGCCUAGUUACUCCCCUCUAAUAUUUGGAGGGGAUGCAUAA